AUGCAGCGUUCAAGGCGCCAGAUUAGAGUUAUUAACUAUGCGGAAGAGCCAAGUCCGUACAAUUCGGAGAGUGAAUCCUCCGAGUUGACCGAACUCUCCUCGAACUCGUCUUCUCUCGAAAUGUAUCAGAAUCACUCUACAUUUCUCUUGGCUCGCGUCACACAUCGCAUUCUAUCUGCCGCAGAGCGCGAGGGCGCAAUCGUCCACAUUCAGACCAACUCGCUUGAGGUUGAUGCCUGUCAGAAGGAAGAAGACAAGCUAAGCAAGAUAAUUGGACGCUUAGAUGUUCAAAUAUCUCGAUUGAAAGACCAAAUUCAAGCCGAGCGACUCAAAGUAUUUCAGGCCCUCUUUGUCCCUCGCGAGCAGCUCAAAAUCAUGUUUGAAUAUUUCGUCAUCGAGCUCGGUCAAUCCCCUUGGAUCCUCACCCAAGUUUGUCGAUGGUGGCGACAUGUCGCACUGACGACCGGAAAGCUCUGGUCCAGGAUACUCGUCAACCUUGCACCUUCCAGCAGUCAUCCCUGUCGCCGACAAGAUGAAAGGGAGGUUUGUCGCAAUAUCAAAGAGUUUCGCCGUGCGCUUGCUCGCUCCGCCGGUGCAAACUUUGACCUCGAGUUCAUCAUUCAUCCCAAAUGGCCGGUUCACCGUGACUCAAAGUUCGAGGUACAGGUAUCUGAUGCUGUUCAGGAGGCAGCCGCGCUACUCAUUUCGAGUGGAGCUAUUCGGAGACUUGUAAACGUCACGCUUGGCGAAGUCGACAUCGAUUUUCGUCUGAAUCCCUCCUGUCGUAUUCGGGAACCCUACGGUCCCAUUAUCGAUGCCGUGAUCCAGAUGGCGCCAGCACUUCGAGCAGCUGACAUCUGCGGGGAUAGUGAUAUGUUUCGGCGAGUAAUUCAGCCCCCAAAGCGGUUAAGGAAACUUCAAUAUUUUCGACUCCAGUCUUUGACAUCCAGCCUUUCCUGUGCGAAUUUGUGUGGAUUGCUUGCGGGUUUGACACACUUGCGCGAACUGGAGCUAGCCAAUGUCUCUAUCGCCACAUCUGGCCUACCGGUCGUCAAGCUAUCUUUCCUACAGAAGCUCACCUUACGAACAUCCCACGUCUACAGAGGAUUGCUUCGUCUGCCAUCCUUGGAGCAUCUCGUUCUCCAGAGGUCCAAAUACGUACAUAUCAAGCCUCUCAACAUUACAAAGCUGGAGCUGGACGAUAUUACCUAUGACUCAGAGCAAUUCUCGGACAUCAAGUGUGCAUCGCUUCAAUCACUCUCCCUUGCCAGCCGGGGCUUCGACAACCAACCGCAUGAACCCAGUAUAAGCAACCUGACUUCUUGUCAAGCCAACCUUUUCUCCAUCUCCAUAUCACUAUUCAUCACUACCCCGACGUUAUUGAAUAUUCUCAAAUCAUGUUCAGCGCUCUCUGAGCUUCACAUUCAGAGAACGCCACUAGAUAAAGAGUUCUUUGUAGCUAUCGCCGGAGGUGAACUUCCUCGUGUAGUCAAAAUCCGCAAGAUCGAGAAGGACCGUUUCCUCUGUCCGACCCUCAAGGUCAUCACCAUCGAUUGUUCGAUGCUCACUCUUAUACAUCAUGGCCAUGGGGGUUACUCUACCUGGCAAGAUAUCAAAAUCGAAGGAUGGGCGCAGAGAGCAUUUAAACGGAGGCGAUUAUGCCUUUAUCCACUAGAUGCAUCAAGACUCAAGCUUGCCAAACGACAAGAGCACACUACGUAUUUUUCUGUCGAGUACCCAGGAUAUAUUGGCUCGGGUUCACUUCCAAAAUGCUUUGAUCGCUUGGGCGGGCUUCCAAAUGUCUCCGAGACAUUUCGGCGAAGCUUGAAGAUUGACUUGAGACUAAAGGAUAACCAACCGUUUGCUCAUCCCGUUACCGGUCAGACGGUCGCGACAAAUAACUUGGUUCUCAAAGUCGUGCGGAGAAAGAAGAAAAGAGGACUAUCACCAGAGCAGGAUACCACUGACAUGGAACAUGAUGGGGCCUCUGAGGCCGGAGGAAGGCAGUCCAAGGGCCAGUUCACUGCUCAAAUCGUUGGUGUCGCACGAAAGACAAUACGCUUCCGAAACCCCGCAGAUUUUCAGUACCAUCCAAGGGCCGAUGACCCUGUCAUACAACUUCAGCAAGCCAUGCACCGACUGGACGUGAACUAUAUUGCCUCGUACCGUUUGCCUGAGGAGAGAGAAGACUACAUGCUAUCGCCAGAAGAGCAGAAGAAGCGUAGUCUUCCAUCACCGAGCAACCUGAGGUCCUUUCCUUCCCCCCUUUUCACACGGUACGACAUGCCCAUGAACUACAAUUUCAAACCAAAUCCAUCCUCAAUCCAGCAGACUGUUGUGGACAAAGAAACUGGGGAAACGAGUACGCGACUGGUCAAUUCGUCUCGUCUCCGCAUGCAAACUCCUGUUUCGAUCAAAUGGGGUGAACCGACUCCAACCACAUGUGGCCCUGAGAGGGAGAGCUUGAGGCCUUGGGCCAACAGUGACCUCUUGCAAAAGUUGAACGAGCUCCUCGAGAAGAGACCAGUAUGGACACGACAAGGCUUGUUGAACCAAAUGACCCUUCUCGAGGCACGGCGCAUGCACAAUAAUAAGGCACCAUGGGCACUAGCUACCUAUGUAUUUCAUGAAGGACCCUGGAGAGACUCCGUCAUCAAACUAGGCUAUGACCCCCGUCAAGAUCCUGAAUCGGUAAAAUAUCAGAUUGUUUCAAUUCGAAACACCAAGAACUCUGUCAUGCGCCCAUCGCUCCUUGUGGCCCAAACUCAGGAAACAGACAUUUCGCGCGACGAACACUCUCACGAAUUUGAUGGCAUACAUGUUCGACCAGCUGGGACAUUCCAAUUGUGCGAUGUCAAGGACCCGUUAAUUGUCGGAUUAAUCACAGAAGCAAUCAACGACCCGCUUGAAGAGUGUAAUGACAAGACUGGUUGGCUCAAAAAAGCACCAUUUGAACGAAUCAGAGCCAUCAUGAAGUUCAAGCAUCAACGCCUAUGCGACAUGGGCGUUGCCCCGACGGAGGAAGAGUGCACUAUAUUCUUAGAGACGGGCGAGGACGUAGACUAUUUGAGGAGAGCGAUGGCGAUGGACAAACAGACCAGGAAGAGGGCAAAGGCGCGAACGACUGUGCCAGAAGAAGAGCUCGCUGCGAGAAGACUAGAGCUGGCUGUUUCGAGAAUGGGCCAGCCAGAGGACGCGAUGGAAUUGGAUGGCUAG